AUGCCAAAAAAUAAAGGUAAAGGAGGAAAGAACCGGAGACGCGGUAAAAACGACAACGAAGGUGAAAAAAGAGAAUUAGUCUUCAAAAUGGAAGAUCAAGAAUACGCUCAAGUUUUACGUAUGCUCGGCAAUGGCAGACUUGAAGCCUAUUGUUUUGAUGGCACUAAACGUCUUUGUCAUAUCAGGGGUAAGAUGAGGAAGAGGGUUUGGGUUAACGCUGGUGAUAUAAUUCUGGUAUCACUUCGAGAUUUUCAGGACAGCAAGGCUGACGUGAUCGCAAAGUACACUGCUGAGGAGGCUCGCACGUUGAAGGCUUACGGCGAGUUGCCUGAGGCGACCAAGAUCAACGAAACUGAUGUUUACGACGACGAGGGUGACAACUGCAUCGACUUCCAGGACGUUUCAUCUGAAUCUGAGGCUGAGGACGAAUCCCAAGACGAAUCGGAUUUCGACAUCGACGAUUUGUAA